UCCUUCUAGGGUGCUGUGGCCCGAUGGAGCCCUCACUGUGGGUGCCAGCAGCCAGGGACGGGACCGGGGUGCCUUGCCCUGCACACCGCGUGCACCAGCAGGUGCAGCCUCAUGGAGAGACUGGGUGUCAGGGGCUUCCCCAGGACGGACCUGCGCUCUGCUCCAUGUUGUCACGGCUCUGCUCUGUGGCAGCUGCUGCUCCUGCCCCUACCCUCGGGCCUCACUGCCCUCUGCUGCCUGUGCAGCCCCGUGCACCUGGACCCCCUGCAAGUUCUCACCUCUGCCCUGGGCCACCUCCGCAGCACGGGCAGGGCCAAGAGCUGGGUCCUGGUAUUCAAAACAGAGGCCCUUCUAUCUCCAGGGCUGGGGUUCAGCUCAGAGGGGCCCGCAGAGCAAACAGUACUUCUCUGGCAUUGUCUCUUCCUAAAAUUCCGUGUGGAUCUUGCUUUCUGUUCUGUAAAAUGCUGUUUGUGUUGAAGACGCUAGAACACUUGCACCCAGCAAAUGACUUCCCUUAAAAAACUGAGACUUGAUUCCUUGCGCAUCACAAUGGCACACCCGCAACUACUCAGGAGAAAGGUCGGGACGGGUGAGGAGCCGGAAGCAAGUGGUAAUCCAGAAGUAGUGGAUCAGGAAGUGACAGUGACCUAGAGUGUCUCGGGCUGCAAUGUUUGGGUGCUGCGGAAGGUUCCAACCUCAAUGCUGAGAUGAAUCGUCACCUGUAUGUUUGGCUUUUUAGACAUCCAUAUAUUAGUGGUUUCCCCCAGUGUCACAUCCAUCUCUAUUCUCAUCAAUUUAGACAGAACCAUCUGGAUACAAAGCAGUGGGUUUUUAGACAAAACAGAAUUCACAUUCUCCAUCAACUGUUAAAGAAAAAUUGGUCGAGGAGAUACUGUCAUAGAGAUACCCAAAUACUUUCGAAACACAAAGCACUACAGAAAUAUAUGGAGGACCUGAAUAAGGAGUAAACACUUGAUGAGUGUUUGCAGCGGAUCUCUGUGAAUGAUGGAGGCCGAAAGUCCUUGACCCGAAGACAUGCUGAGUUGGCACCGCUUGCAGCCAUAUACCAAGAAAUACUGGGAGCACAACAAGCAAUUGAAGAAUUGGAAUCAAUGUGUAAAAGUCUAAAUACACAAGAUGAAAAGCAGUUACAAACGCUUGCACUGGAAGAAAGGCAAACCAUUGAUGAAAAACUCAACAUGUUAUACUCUGAGCUUUUCCAGAAUCUAGUGCCAAAGGAGAAAUAUGACAAAAAUGAUGUUAUUUUAGAGGUGAUAUCUGGAAGAACUACUGGAGGUGAUAUCUGCCAACAGUUUACCCGAGAAAUAUUUGACAUGUACCAAAACUACUCAUGUUAUAAACAUUGGAAAUUUGAACUUCUGAAUUAUACACCAGCAGAAUAUGGUGGACUACAUCAUGCAGCCGCUCGAAUUUCUGGUGACAGUGUCUAUAAGCAUUUGAAGUAUGAAGGUGGGAUUCACCGAGUUCAGCGAAUCCCUGAGGUGGGCCUGUCAUCAAGGAUGCAGCGUAUUCACACAGGAACCAUGUCUGUCAUCGUCCUUCCUCAACCGGAUGAGGUAGAUGUGAAAGUGGAUCCCAAAGAUUUGCGAAUAGAUACAUUUCGAGCCAAAGGAGCAGGAGGGCGGCAUGUUAAUACAACAGACAGUGCUCUCAGACUUGUCCAUAUCCCCACAGGACUAGUAGUAGAAUGCCAACAAGAACGCUCACAGAUAAAAAAUAAGGAAAUAGCUUUGCAUGUGUUGAGAGCUAGACUGUAUCAGCAGAUUAUUGAGAAAGACAAGUGUCAACAACAAAGUGCUAGAAAACUGCAGGUGGGAACCAGAGCCCAGUCAGAGAGAAUUCGGACAUAUAAUUUCACCCAGGAUAGAGUCACUGACCACAGGAUAUCAUAUGAAGUUCGUGACAUUAAGGAAUUUUUAUGUGGUGAGAAGUGCCUGGAUCAGCUAAUUCAGAGACUCCUUCAGUCAGCAGAUGAAGAAGCCAUCGUUGAAAUUCUGGAUGAAAACCUCAAAUCAGCUAAAUAAAUGUUAAUUUAUUGCUUAUUAUAUAAUAAAAUGGGCCUGUGUCAAGAAGUACAUUAAAGCAUGGAUGUCUUAAAAAAAAAAAAAAAAGAAAGAAAGAAAGAAAAGAAAACAGACUUGGGAGGAUGCUCCCCAGCUCCCCUGUGACGGGGGUACACGCAGCGCCACCCCUUCACCCCUCAGAGGCCGCUUAGAGAGGCCCAGAUGUUCAUUUCCCAAAGCUUGCUGACACUUCCCCGACAAGCUUCUUCCUGCUGGGGGCGCUCUCGCUGGCUGCACGGACCCAGUCCCGCCUGCCUGGCCAAAAGGUGCUGAAGAGUGGGCAGAACAGCGCCCCCACGUGUGGAACCUCCAGGCCUUGUCCCACCCUCCUCUGCACGUCCCUUUUCCUUUGUGUGGCUUGGCCCGUGGCUUUAGUUUUCCCUUGCAGGCAGUAAUUAGGAGCCCUACAUGAAUAAAAAGAUGUGUAUUCUUCAGACCUUAAUGGAGUCUACCAGCCAAUAGGCGUUGGCCAGGGACCACCCUGGAGCACGCUUCCCCCUUCAGUUUGUUUGGUCUUUGCUUCCGAGUUGCCAGCUGCAUUUUUGGGCUCGCAUGCCACCUGUGUUUCUGGGAGCAGACCCGCUCCAGUGCCCAGGGAGUCAUAAGUGUGACCCCUUGUCACGGACGUUUCACGGCCACCCUCACCGCUCCCUCUGAUGGAGGCGUUGCCCUGAGACAACGUCGGAGGACGUGGACGUGCUCUGUCCUGGAACUCUGAGCUGCAGAGAGUGAACGAGUUUCAGUGUUCUGUUGUUUUCCCACAGCCGCCAUCCUCUCUCCAGAAACUGGGGUUAGAAACUACCUCAGGGGCCCGCGUGGUGGCACACUGGGUUAAUCCUCCACCUGCGGCGCCUGCAUCCCGUAUGGGCGCUGGGUUCUAGUCCCGGUUGCUCCUCUUCCAGGCCAGCUCUGCUGUGGCCCGGGAGUGCAGUGGAGGAUGGCCCAAGUGCCUGGGCCCUGCACCCGCAUGGGAGACCAGGAGGAAGCACCUGGCUCCUGGCUUUGGAUCAGCGUAGCUCCAGCCGUUGCAGCCAUUUGUGGAGUGAACCAACGGAAGGAAGACCUUUCUCUCUCUCUCUCUCUCUCUCUCUCUCACUCUCACUCUCACUGUCUGUAACUCUACCUGUCUCAAGGUUCUGCACAAGCCAAGCUGGGGUUCCUUUCUUCCUCCAUUGCUCCUCCGGGGCUCUGUGCUGUUUCUUUCAUCUCCUGAGGACAUAUGGAUAAGGCAUUGGCCAUUCUGUUUCCACAAAUCAUGGGGGUCUCAUCAUUUGUUGGGCCCACUAGAUAAAUAAGCUGUCAAAAUAGUUUAAGUUGUUUUUAUUUAUUUAAGAGAGAAAGAGGGGCUGGUGGUGUGGCGUAGCAGGUUAAGUCUCUGCCUACAGCAUCAGCAUCCCAUAUGGAUGCUGGUUCCAGAACUGGCUGCUCCUCUUCCAAUCCAGCUCCCUGCCAAUGGCCUGGGAAAGCAGUAGAAGAUGGCCCAAGUUCUUGGGCCCCUGCACCCAUGUGGGAGACCCGGAAGAAGCUCCUGGCUCCUGGCUCUGGAUUGGUGCAGCUCUGGCCAUAGUGGUCAUUUGGGGAGUGAACCAGCAGAUGGAAGACCUCUCUUUCUCUCUCUCUCUCUCUCUCUCUCUCUGCCUCUGCCUCUGCCUCUCUGUAACUCUGCCUUUCAAAUAAAUAAAUCUUAAAAAAGUAUUCCCAGGCAUUCAGUGUCACUUUUCGAAGGGGCUCUCCUGACCACCGGCACCUCUGCCUGCAGCUGCUUCCGUAAGUCCUGCCCCUUCUCUCCGGCCCACCCGUCCCUGGCUCACUUCCGCUUCUGUCCACUGGGUUAGUCCCCUGCCUGCUGGAAAGAACCCCUCAUCUUCCGGAAGAAGGCGAAUGUGGGCGGUGGUGUGAGGGGCGUGGGCACAGAGUGGACCCCACCCUGGACCCCUGCGUCAAAGCUUCCUGCAGAGGCAAAGGACCGCCCUUUGGAUUGUCCAGUUUUGAAAACUCCUGUCAAAGGGCGCUAAGAUGUUACACACGGCAGCACAGAGAUAUGGAAUAGAACCAAGAAAACCCCGGGGAGAUCGGUUUUUAAUUCUUUUGGCCUUUUUGACGGCUCCGAGUGAAUUAAGAGGGGACUUCUUUUGUGUCCCGCGGCGGCCCCACCUGUCCCUUGGGGAAACCCAGGCCCUCUGUUAGUAUCCACUGUGGCUAGGAGGAAGGGAGAGAGGGGCUGUGGGCCACGGGGUCUGAGGGCGGGCAGCCCCGAGCCGCUGCGUCGGGAGUCCUUCCGGGUCACGGCCCUGGCUGGGGUCAGGGGUCUCACCGGCCCCACGUCGGGGAGCUUCCGGGCUGGCUCACAGCUCCAGCUGCUGCAGGGUCGCCCCACGUUUCAACAAAAGUUGAGCGUGAUGAGGGCUUGAUUUUCGCACCCACGAAAGUACACGGGGUCCCGGAACACGGAAGCAAGACCCCAGGGCAGGACUGACGCCCACUCCCACGCCGCUGGUGCGUGCGCUGAGAACAGCGGCCCCUCGGCCUGGGCUCACGCUGACCACGGCGGCCGAGGGGAGCCGCCCCGUGCUCCUGGCACCAGCUCCCUCCUGCUCUGCCUGCAGGGCCGCCCGAGGUCCACGCGGCCUUCACCAGAGAGCCCUGGCUGGACCCCACUCCGCCGCCACUGGACUCUGCCACCCCCUCAACAAGG